AUGUCGUCUUCGUCACAGUCGCAAACAAUUAAUAAGCGUAAACCAAUUAGAAUAUGGGUAGACGGUUGUUUUGAUAUGAUGCAUUAUGGUCACGCCAAUGCUUUACGUCAGGCCAAAGCAAUGGGUGAUUUUUUAGUGGUAGGUGUUCAUUCUGAUGCUGAAAUUGAAAAACACAAAGGACCAACCGUUAUGAAAGAAGAAGAAAGAUAUGCAGCCGUAGCAGCUUGUAAAUGGGCGGAUCUUGUAGUUCCCGAUGCACCAUAUAUUACAAGUCUUCAAGUAAUGGAUCAGUAUGAUUGUGAUUUUUGUGUUCAUGGAGAUGAUACCACCACGACAGCUGAUGGAUCGGAUUGUUAUCAAGAGGUCAAGGAUGCAGGUCGAUAUCGAGAAUGUAAACGUACUCAAGGAAUUUCUACCACGGAACUUGUAGGACGUAUGUUACUAAUGACGCGAGAUCAUCAUAAACGUCGUUCAUCGAUUGCAUCAGUUAAUAAUGAAGACUUAAGUACAUUUAGUAGUAGUCCAUCACAACAAAAUAAAUCCGAAGUCAAAAUUUCACAUUUUUUACCAACAUCUAGAAGAAUAGUUCAAUUUUCCGAAGGUAGAGAACCCAAUCCGGGGGAUAAAGUCGUUUAUGUUGAUGGAGCUUUUGAUUUAUUUCAUGUGGGACAUGUUGAAUUUUUAAAAAGAGCAAAGAAUUUUGGAGAUUAUCUUUUAGUUGGUGUUCAUGAUGAUCAGACGGUCAAUGCUAUUAAAGGAGCAAAUAAUCCGCUAAUGAAUCUUCAUGAACGGGUGUUAAGUGUUUUAGCAUGUAGAUAUGUUGAUGAAGUAAUUAUCGGGGCACCGUAUAGUGUCGAUGAAAAUGUAUUAUAUAAAGUUUAUAAAGUGGAUGUUGUUGCACAUGGAAAUACUGAUUCAUUACCUGAUAUUGAUGGAAGAGAUCCUUAUGAGAAUAAUUGA